AUGUUCGGCGGCCAUGUCGACUGGAGCCAGGUCCCCAAGCAACAUACAGUCACCUCUAUGCACGCUCUGCCGACCGGUAAACCGAAGAAGCUGCCGAAGGUUCAGUAUCAGUUCCCGACAGAAGAUUCGUCUGAGAAGAAAUUUCGUGAAGAGAGACGCUCUGCUGUUCUGGAUGCCUUCAAGCGAGCAUACGGCUCCUACAAAGAGCAUGCAUGGAUGGCCGACGAAUUGACUCCAAUCUCUGGUCAGAAGAGAAACACCUUUGCAGGAUGGGCCGCCACUUUGGUCGAUGCCCUCGACACUCUUUGGAUCAUGGGUCUGAAAGACGAAUUCAACGAAGCAGUGGCAGCAACGGUCUCCAUCGACUUUGCAUCCACAUCACAAGAAGAGAUCAACGUCUUCGAGACAACCAUCCGAUACAUGGGUGGCUUCCUGUCAGCGUACGAUCUGAGUGCCGAUGAGCGCCUCCUAGUCAAAGCUAAGGAACUUGGUGAGAUGUUGCUUCACGCCUUCGAUACUCCAAACCACAUGCCCAUCACACGCUGGAGAGUCAUGGAUGCUCGACGAGGAGCUCCUCAGACCGCCGAUCCUGUCACACUGGUAGCGGAAAUCGGAUCGCUUGUCAUGGAGUUCACUCGACUGUCUCAAAUUACCGGUGACCCACGCUGGUUCGAUGCGACCCAUCGUGUCAUGAAGCUCUUCGAAGAGCAACAGUCCAAAACACACGUGCCCGGUAUGUGGCCUAUUCUUGUCAAUGCCAGAGACAUGGAUUUGACCUGGCACGACACAUUCACUCUCGGAGCAAUGUCAGAUUCUGCCUACGAGUAUCUUCCAAAGAUGCAUGCCCUUCUCGGUGGUCUGGAACCCAUGUAUGAGAAGAUGUACCGUGCUGCCAUGGACGCUGCUAUUCGUUAUACGCUUUGGCGACCCAUGACCCCUGACAACGCCGACAUCCUGAUCGCAGGAAUGGCGCACGUUGACGCCGAGCACAAAGGCGGGCUCGACUUCCAGGGUCAACAUCUUGUCUGCUUCGCUGGAGGUAUGUUUGCCCUAGGUGGUAAGCUAUUCAACGAGCAGACUCACCUCGACGUGGGCAAGAAGUUGACAGAUGGAUGUGUCUGGACAUACAAAGCCAUGCCUUUGGGUAUCAUGCCAGAAGUGAUGCAUAUGAUUGAAUGUCCUACGAACGAGCCUUGCGAAUGGAAUGAAGAGGCAUGGCACAAGGAAGUGGUGAGACGGAAGGGUGGUAAUAGCGAUGCCUCGGAAGUGCAAAAGAUCAUUGCCGAAGAACGUCUACAACCAGGAUUCACAAGUCUCGAUGACCGCAGAUACAUCCUGAGACCCGAAGCAAUCGAGAGUGUGUUCAUUCUCUAUCGUAUCACAGGACGCAAGGACCUCCAGGAGAGCGCGUGGCAGAUGUUCAACGCCAUUCAAGAAAACACCAAGACAUCAUUAGCCAAUGGUGCACUAGCGGACGUGUCCAGAGAGGAUGGCAAGGUUACUGUCACGGACAGCAUGGAGAGUUUCUGGCUGGCCGAAACUCUGAAGUACUUCUAUCUGAUCUUCAGCGAGCCUGAUUUGAUCAGUUUGGACGACUUUACCUUCAACACAGAAGCACACCCCUUCAGAAUCCCCAAAUAA